CAGCAGACAGCUUCAGCUCUCCAACAACCACUGAUGCACUGCUGCUUUCUCCCUUCCCCUUCCUAGCCGUUCUCCUUCUUUCGUUUCGUCCCCACACUGCCUCUCAUUCAUCCCCUCUGUGCUUUCCCCCCUUCCUUGCCUCCACUCUGUCAUUCUGCCCUGCACUUUUUCCUCAGGCGGAUAUAAAGGCAGGUCCUGUUGGAGGGAGAGGGCUUGUGUAAUCUCUGGCUGCACAUGAGCGCCCGAGAGCCGUCGCUGCAGCUGGAAAAGCAACGCAGCAGAGGACCCGCAAACACCUAGAGGUCGAACCCCGGGACGGGAGGAGGAAGAAGGAAUACCUCUGAGGAAAGAAAGGAGGGAAAAAAGCAGCAAGAGAUUGGAGUUAAGGCUGCAGGACCAUGCCGGGCUCUUUGGUGCUGCUGCUGCUGCUGUCCCUGCUGGUGCUGUCCACAGGAAGUGAUGCCAAAAGAAUCAGGAAAAGAGGACUCAACCAUAAGGACUACGAGUACCCGAACCACCCCCAGUCCACACAGCACCAAAAGAACGACCGGUGUCCACCUCCGCCCCAGAUGCUGCCGGAGCGAGCCUGCGAGGUGCCGGGCUGUCGCUCAGACUCGGAGUGCGAGCGCCACAAACGCUGCUGCUACAACGGCUGCAUCUACGCCUGCUUGGAGUCUGUUCAGCCGCCACCAGUGCUGGACUGGCUGGUGCAGCCCAAGCCUCGGUGGUUGGGAGGCAACGGCUGGCUGUUGGACGGUCCUGAGGAGGUCCUGCAAGCUGAGGCCUGCAGCACAACCGAGGACGGAGACGAGCCUCUUCACUGCCCUACAGGCUACGAAUGUCACAUCAUCAACCCAGGAAACCCCGCCGCUGGCAUCCCUAACCGGGGACAGUGCAUCAAGCAACGUGGCAACUCUGAUGGACGAGGCUUGAGGCACAAAUACUUCAAGGACUACAAGGACUACUUGGGUACUGGUUCCAACAAUGCAGUAGGCUACGAAAAACAUCAUCACAAGCACCUGGGAUGAAAUCAACAGACCUCAGCCUUAUCUACGACCAUAACACAACCUCAGACAUCAGCCCAGUCCUGUCUGAGCUGCUCACACCUUAUCCAGGAUCACAUUUGACCUUUUUAACUACACCUACAGCUGCUACCUCCUCUUUGCAAAGCCCCGUCUUGCGGUCUUUUCUUCAGUCACACAUCUGGGAGACAAGUCUGAUGCACCUACAGCGCACAGCCAAAGAAAUACGUGUUUUAUUUGUCUGCCUGUCUGCAAAAGGAAGCACAAAGGGUGUUGAUGCUGAAGCAAGGGGAAGAGAGAGCAGGGUGUGCACCAAAGCUGUUUGUCAAAAAAUCUCAAAGGAAAUAAGGAGCCUGUGCCAUUUUUCAUUUCUUUGCAGGCCUCUCCCUCCCUACAGCUCAUUCUUAUUCUCACACACAGACAUGCUCUCUAACCUUAAGGCCGGUCAGCAGGGAAAAUCAGGACCAUGUGGCCCUCGUACUGAGUCUCAGAAGGGCUGCGCUCAAAAUUCUUUUCUUUCUGAAAUCUGGAAAGUUUUACAGGCAAAGACGAACAAAGUUCAGGUGUAGUCGGUGCAUCAUUAGAUCAAAUCCAAAUGUGAUUUAAUAUUUGACCUGAUAACUCCAAUUAAAGUAAUCGAUGCCAUGUGAGUGUGUGAACCGGGACAGUUUUGUAGGAUUUAGCACAGCUGUAGAGUUGUUUCAUCCAACAGAUGGUGACUGUGACUUUAUUGCUAUGAAAAGCAAUAGUAAAAUGAGACAGAUUAGUUUAUUUCAGAUGCUAAUUUGAGAUACUUCAUCUGCGGAGGAAGAAAGCUUUAAAAGUUUAAAUAAGCCUACAGAAGGCAAGUUUUACUAAUUUUAAGUUGAAUAUUCCUUUAAAAUUAAACUCUGCAUAGAUCGUAUCUGGAUUUAAUUUGUGGAAACAGAUUUGCUGCAGUGAUGUCUUUAAUUGUGGAAGUCAUACAACAAAUAUUUACCAGCUCGAUGUGAUCAUUUCAUCAUUUUCAUGUGUUUUUUUGUGUGUGUUAGGUUCCGACAAACACAGUAAUGGUCAGUAAUAGUCCCUGAUGCAGUACAAACGUGACAACGAAACAGGAAUUUUGCACAGUGCAGAUAUUUUUAAACCCAUCGUCGGCUUUAUUCACAAACUUUCCGUGCUUCAGUGAACUGUUCAGGUUAAACUGCCUCUGUUAAACGGUGCUCCGCUUAAAUGCUGCCUAUAACGAUAACAGGAGAAUAAGCUGGUCACGUGAUAAGCUGAAGGUGUGAAACAAAAGCAUUCUCUGUGCAAAACUAAAGUGAUGUGUGAAUGUUACUAUCCUACUGGUGCUGCCUUGUUUAUUCUAAAUAAACCACAUUAUUGGA